AUUGGUCGUGUAUAAUCUUAUGGUGACAGCAGCCACACUUGGACUCUACAACGCUGCCCGGUUCAAGUCAGCCACACAGAGUACGUCUUGGCUGCCAUUUUACGCCAGCCUCGCUGUGGACGGUGACUCCGACCCAGAUGCAACGCAUGGACAUUGUCAGCACACCCAGCAAGAACUAAGACCGUGGUGGAUGGUGGACCUACGUGGUCAGUUCGUUGUGGAGCAAAUCAAAAUAACCAACAGACAGGAUGGCCCGUCUAUCGUUCCAUUAAGACUGAGUAACUUUGAUAUUGAUGUAUUUGAGCAAGAUCCAAGCAAACUUGCCAACUUUGUUGACAUCUCAGGUCAAGUCUGCUACCAUCAAACAGCUUCGCCUGGUGCUGGAACCUUUCUCUAUAACUGCACGUCACCAAUUGUUGGUAGAUAUGUACGCCUUAUUAUGAGACUUGCAAGUAUUGAACACCUACAUGUUUGUGAGAUUGAAGUCUUAGUGAGUAAUUCCAGCUUUGAAGAGGUCUAUUUUAACAGACUAGGGGACACUAAACUGACAAAUGAGCCAAUCAUCACCCUGAUCGUCAGCGACUUGAACAACUGCCUCCAGGAAUGUCUUCAACGUAGGUCAACUCACUACUGUACGGCCUUCAACUGGGUCACGUCAACAAGGUCAUGUCAACUGCUCAGUGUCAACCCUUUCCUAGAUCUGACAGUAAACCUGACAUCCGCUAUAGGAACACAUUUUUAUAGUGAAUAUUGCUAUACUUCGUAACUGGAUCUGUUAUCAUCUGUCUGUAACUGUUUUUAUAUAUCACAUUAAAGUUUUUUGGUGUUUUUUGUUAUCCAGGGUUGAAUUUAAGCAUAAGGAAGCCCAGGGGGGAGAAUUUUUACGAAAGCUUUAAUAAAAAUCAAUUUAUUAAAAAAAAAAACUAUAUAUAGUUAGUCCAUCGUGGUUCGAUGAUGACCACUAUUGUCAUCCAGGGGGGCUGAGGGCUUUGCACUGGGGUUUAAUGCCUCUUCAUGAGGCUGGAGAGACCUAUGUGAGCCCGGAAUGUUCGGCUGCACACUGGGCAGGUUAUUUCAGCUGGAGCUAGUGUCAUUGGCCUUGCUUUUCCUCUCUGGCGCUUUUCUUCUGCCAACGCUGUUCUCUUUUCCUCAUCAAUUUGUGCGCCAGUUUUCACAGCGCGACGCCAUGAUGCUCUGCCAUGUUCUACUGUCUCCCAGGUGGCUGGGUCUAUGCUGAACGCCUUCAGAGAAGCUUCAAGGGUGUCCCUGAAGCGUUUUCUUUGACCACCAUGUGAGCGUUUCAACAUUAAAAGAAUUUUUUUAAAGAAAGAUGCGAAGGCUUCAACAAGAUAUAUUUAUUUGUUUUUAUCAAAGAAGGAGAUGAUAAUUGUAUGUAAACCUGCUGCAACCCUCUAUGAGCUUUAUAAUGAACUUUUUUAGCUUACGGCGGGCAUUAAAAUGAUAUAUGUAGCA